AUGAAAAGGGUCAAUCGGAUUUGUGAGCCCGACGUCCCAGAGCGCCUAGUGCGUGGGCGCGGAGCGGCGCAGCGGAGCGGUGUGCGGCCGUGUGCGGACCCGCGAGCCUUGAGCCGCGACCUGCCUAGGCUCGCCUUAUCUCGCCCCAUUAUGUUCGGAAACAAUCAGGCCGGCACGUCCCUCGCGGCCGGCGGCGGCGCGCAGAUGCGGCCCUCCACCGAUAAGUAUUUGCAAACUUGUUCGUGCCUCCGCCGGCCGCUCCUCGGCCCACAAAAGAAUUCAAAUAUCGAUUCAGGCAACCUCGUGUCCGAUUCG